UUGCUUUCAAGUCCAUCACCAUCAAUUCCAUCACCAUCAAGUUUAUCACCAUCAAGUCCAUCACCAUCAAUUCCAUCACCAUCAAGUCCAUCUCCAUCAAGUCCAUCUCCAUCAAGUCCAUCACCAUCAAGUCCAUCUGCAUCAAGUUUAUCACCAUCAAUUCCAUCACCAUUAAGUUCAUCACCAUCAAGUUUAUCACCAUCAAGUCCAUCACCAUCAAGUCCAUCACCAUCAAGUCCAUCACCAUCAAGUCCAUCACCAUCAAGUCCAUCACCAUCAAGUCCAUCACCAUCAAGUCCAUCACCAUCAAGUCCAUCUCCAUCAAGUCCAUCACCAUCAAGUCCAUCAGCAUCAAGUGUAUCACCAUCAAGUCCAUCACCAUCAAAUCCAUCACCAUCAAGUCCAUCAACAUCAAGUUUAUCACCAUCAAUUCCAUCACCAUCAAGUUUAUUACCAUCAAGUCAAUCACCAUCAAGUUUAUUACCAUCAAGUUCAUCACCAUCAAUUCCAUCACCAUCAAGUCUAUCACCAUCAAUUCCAUCACCAUUAAGUUUAUCACCAUCAAGUUCAUCACCAUCAAUUCCAUCACCAUCAAGUCUAUCACCAUCAAUUCCAUCACCAUUAAAUUCAUCACCAUCAAGUUUAUUACCAUCAAGUCCCUCACCAUCAAGUCCAUCACCAUCAAGUCCAUCACCAUCAAGUCCAUCACCAUCAAGUCCAUCUGCAUCAAGUUUAUCACCAUCAAUUCCAUCACCAUUAAGUUCAUCACCAUCAAGUUUAUCACCAUCAAGUCCAUCACCAUCAAGUCCAUCACCAUCAAGUCCAUCCCCAUCAAGUCCAUCACCAUCAAGUCCAUCAGCAUCAAGUUUAUCACCAUCAAGUCCAUCACCAUCAAAUCCAUCACCAUCAAGUCCAUCAACAUCAAGUCUAUCACCAUCAAUUCCAUCACCAUUAAGUUUAUCACCAUCAAGUCCAUCACCAUGA